AUGUCUGACGACUUCCCGGAAUGCGACUUCUUCUGCCUCCGCGCCGGCCGCGUCUCCGUCUUCCCCAGCAACUGCGGCACCACGGACCUCUUCGAGUCCAUCGCACGCGACUGCUCGUGCGCGGAGUCGCCCGUCGCCAAGGGCGCGACGUGCCUGCAGCGCUUCUGCGCCCCGGCGGACUUUGCGGCGCUCGAGGCCGCGGAGGAGGCGCGCUGCCCCGGGUUAGUUCCUGGGGGGGCGGCCGCUGGGGGACUUUCGCGGCGCGCUUUGCCGUCUCCAAGCGGGGAGAGCGGGGCUGUGUUAGGGAACUUGACGAGCGCUGCGGUGCACGUCCAGGGCGGGUGUGGAGGUGGCGUCGCGUCGCCGGUCGUGUUCGUGCCCCUUGCGCUCGUGGUGUUCGCGGUCGUGGCUGCUGUUGGGGCGUAUAGGCGGCGUCGUUGUGCGGAGGCGAGGAUCAGUCUUGGGAGCGAGCGCGAGGACGCGGAGGAUGUGGAGGAUGUGAGGGUUAAAGUGGGGGAGAAGGGGCGGUCUGGGGUUGCUUGA